AUGGCAGAACCUACACCCCAUCGAAUAUUCUGCAUCCCGGAGCUGGUGGAGCAAAUCCUCCUCCACAUGGAUAUGCAGACCUUACUCAUCUCAUCACGAGUGUGCUACCUCUGGCACGACCUGAUCAGCAAGUCACGGGCGAUGCAGACAACCCUAUUCUUCCAGCCGGCUGAAAACACCCCCCAAGGCGAGCGACGCACCGCCAACCCCCUCAUCAUCCAGAAGAUAUGGCCCGAAUUCCUCAGUUCUUUGGACACCUGUCAUAGAAAAUAUUACGAGCGCCCCGAGGCCAGUUGGAGAAGGAUGCUCCUCCAUCAGCCGCCAACGGCCAAACUGUGCUUGCUUAACUACACGAGAGACUUUUACUUCCCCAUCACUGCCUUUGGAGCAGGGUAUCUGUGCGCCGUACUCUGCCGGCGCGAAGGAUUUCCUCGCCUGCAGGACCUGCAGAGAGAACUGGAGGCCAGGUUCCUGAGGACGUUUGACGGGCGGAGGAUGAUCUUCAUCGAGGGAUCGCCCCUGUAUUCUGGGUUUCGCCUAUGGGGCAUCAUCCGACCAAGACCUGGGCCCCAUGAGGCCGCAGUAGGUUCGUACGAGACGUGCGAUCUGCUGACCUUUCGGGGUGCUUCACGCGAGGUCGGGGGUGUCUCAGAGGGGGGCGAGCAACAGGUUGAGACCACUGCAGGCUCGUUGUUUUGGAUCGCCCUUCCUUGGGUCUUGGCUAGAAUCGAGAACCGCUUUGGGAACGGCCACCAACCGAACCGGCCCCUGAAGAGCUACCAUUACUAUGUCGGCUUGGAUGAGGUCCCGAUCUCUCCUUGGGCGCAGGGUUGGCGACGGUAUUACGACGAUAUCAAACGUGGCCAUAAGUCGCAGCAGGAUGACUGA